AAUAAGUAAUCAAUAUCUUGGGCCAGAUGAAGGGACUCAGUCCUCCAGCAUUUUGUGUGCGUGUGUUGCUCAGGAUUUCCAGCAGAGUCUCUUGUGUUGGCUGGUGUACUGUGGUGUGCACAAUAUUUUUCUUUAAACCAGGAUUUAGUCUUCUGCUCUUUUGCUGAUUAGCAGUGAUGAAAGAAUAGAACCAUUGUGGACACCAUGGACAGAUUUGUGUCACGUCUAUAGUUAACUUACACGAUGGAUUUUCUGAAUUUGCACCAACAAUUAGAAACAACAUUGAUCCAACGCUCCCUGUCUAAUUGAUGCAGUUUGCGAAAAUCUAAGGCUGUGGAAGUUUCGAGGAGGAUAUUGAAUAACAGGCAGAAUGAGCUCGUGGAGGGCAAUGAAUAAAGAGGAGCUAGAAGCACAGUACUCUCCCAGUUGCUGGUCACAUCGCAUGGACAGGUCUGCAGUAGUAGAAUCCCACAUCAGAGAACUUACUGAAGGCACCACUAAAGGUCGCAAAGUAGCUCAAACUAAGUUAGAUGAAGCCUAUGGACAAGACGAUUGUGAAAAAUUGGAUAUUUAUCUACCUCCAAACCCAGCAACAGCUUCCGCUCUGCUCAUCUACUUUCACGGGGGGUAUUGGCAGUCGCUGAGCAAAGACUUGUCUGGUUUCAUGGUGCCUCCACUGGUUAAAGCUGGAAUAAUUGUUGUUGCUAUUGACUACGCACUUGCACCAAAAGGUAACAUGGACUUAAUUGUGUCUCAGGUCUGUCGUAGUGUGGCCUACAUCACGCAGCAAUAUCCUGGUAUGAGUGUUUACAUCUGUGGUCAUUCUGCGGGUGCACAUCUGGGUGCUAUGGUGCUGUGCACAGACUGGGCGGAGUACAGUGUACCACCUAAUAUAAAAGGUGCAUUGCUUGUCAGUGGAAUUUACGACCUCCGUCCAAUUGUCCACAUGAGUGUCAACGAUCCUCUUCAGAUGACUGAGGAUGAUGCUAUCCGAAACAGCCCGAUGGAGUUUGUGAAUACCAUGAAAGGAUUGGACAAGAGCUUGGAGAUUGUUGUUGCAGUAGCUCAGUAUGAUUCAAGUGAAUUUAGGAGACAAUCUCAGGAAUAUUACCAGGCUAUUAAGGCUGCUGGAUUCAAUGCAUCUUUUCAUGAUAUAUCAAACAGGGAUCAUUUUGAUAUUAUGGAGAGACUCAUGGAAGAGAAGUACAUUCUGACACAGGUUCUGCUGAAAAUGAUGUCUAAAAAAUGAACAGUGAACUACAAAACCUGUGGGAGGAACCUCAGGAUUCCUAAUGAAGCCCUUUAAUGUUCUGAUCUUAUUGCUAAGCACGCUAGUCAAAUCAGGAUCACACAAAACAACACAGAUAAUUUGUUCUCAAUAAUACAAGUUAUAAAUAUAAAGGUUAUGAUGUUUGGCCGUCUAAACUUAAGCCAUUGGUGAUUAGUGGUAUGUUUCCUAAUUCCAGAAACUAAUCAGAAGAAACUCACAGGAGCCAGGAAAUGUUUUAUCUACUUAGAUUUUUUCCUUUUUUUAAGGGGAGGCACUCACCUAUGACGUGGUGGUGUAGUAACGUGUGCCAUUCACAUACUUCUUGUGUAACCCAUAAUGAAUUAUGUAAAGAAAGAAUGCUUAACGAACAAUAUAUUUACUAUUUACUCAAAUGUUACUGAAAUAUUAAUUACACUACAAUUAGCCCUGUAACUUAGUCUUUCAUGCAUACAGGUGAGUAACCCUGUCCACCGUUCUUUUGCACAUUGAAACCCUGUGAAAAGAGAAACGAUCUUCCAAUUAGAGCACAUUUCCACCAAAGUGUAAUGUGGGGUUCAUAGUCAUAGUCAUAUUUUAUUAAUCCCGGGGGAAACUGGUUUUCAUUACAGUUGCUCCAUAAAUAAUAACUAGUAAUAGAACCAUAAAUAGUUAACUAGUAAUAUGUAAAUUAUGCCAGUAAAUUAUGAAAUAAGUCCAGGACCAGCCUAUUGGCUCAGGGUGUCUGACCCUCCAAGGGAGGAGUUGUAAAGUUUGAUGGCCACAGGCAGGAAUGACUUCCUAUGACACUCAGUGCUGCAUCUCAGUGGGAUGAGUCUCUGGCUGAAUGUACUCCUGUGCCCACCCAGUACAUUAUGUAGUGGAUGGGAGACAUUGACCAAGAUGGCAUGCAACUUAGACAGCAUCCUCUUUUCAGACACCACCGUGAGAGAGUCCAGUUCCAUCCCCACAACAUCACUGGCCUUACGAAUGAGUUUGUUGACUCUGUUGGUAUCUGCCACCCUCAGUCUGCUGCCCCAGCACACAACAGCAAACAUGGUUGCACUGGCCACCACAGACUCGUAGAACAUCCUCAGCAUCGUUCGGCAGAUGUUAAAGGACCUCAGUCUCCUCAGGAAAUAGAGACGGCUCUGGCCCUUCUUGUAGACAGCCUCAGUGUUCUUUGACCAGUCCAGUUUAUUGUCAAUUCGUAUCCCCAGGUAUUUGUAAUCCUCCACCAUGUCCACACUGGCCCCCUGGAUGGAAACAGGGGUCACCGGUACCUUAGCUCUCCUCAGGUCUACCACCAGUUCCUUAGUCUUUUUCACAUUAAGCUGCAGAUAAUUCUGCUCACACCAUGUGACAAAGUUUCCUACCAUAGCCCUGUACUCAGCCUCAUCUCCCUCGCUGAUGCAUCCAACUAUGGCAGUCAUCCGAAAACUUCUGAAGAUGACAAGACUCUGUGCAGUAGUUGAAGUCCGAGGUGUAAAUGGUGAAGAGAAAGGGAGACAAGACAGCCCCUGUGGAGCCCCAGUGCUGCUGAUCAAAGUUAACUACAAAGCAAACAAUUCUUGCACUUUCAUUGCCGUAGGAAUAAUUCUGGAUAUUCCUAGAUCUAGAUGUCCGAAUGACAAAAUGAUUGCAUACUUCUGGAAAUUUAUUUUGAUUGUAAAUAUACUGUUAAUUAAAUAUUACAUAACGUUGCUAUCUUGCUGCAGUAAUGUUCCAGAAAUAGUUUGAAUCUAAUUAAUGAAAUAAAAAACUCUGUGGAAAAUGUA